AUGAUUUUUUCCGGACUACUUCAAAAUAUGGCGCCACAAGUGACUAGCUGGGAUGAAGUAGCCAGGAUGUCAGAGAAGACCGACCGGGAGACUGGUGGCUUCUGGUAUACCAUGUUCGCUGUCUUGGACGACGACGACGACGCCGUCUACUACGGGCAGCUGACUAUCCCCCAAGUCGACAUCACUCUCGAACAACUCACAGCUGCACUCAGCCCCCUACCCGACGAGAUCCUGUACCCAGGAUGGCCGACUUGCGACGUACAGCUCACUCAAGCUCCAGAAAAUUUGCCUGCCGAUAUCUACAUCAAACGGCCAGACGUGGAAAUGUACAGCGUCUUCCGAGACCACAAUGUCCUGCACCUCAUCUCAGCCCAGCUACUUCAAGAAGCCAAAACCAUGCAAUUCCUCUCGCAACACACGCAUCCCAACAUCAUCCGCUUCCACGGUUGCCGCGUCCGUCGUGGCCAUAUUACAGGUCUAAUUUUCAACCGGCAUCCGUACGACCUGAACGACCAUCUCAAAAACAACAUCGGCCCCGUUCUAAAGGAACCGUUCAUGGAAGCGCUCGGGUCGGCAGUCAAUCAUCUGCACUCCCUCGGCUGGGCGCAUAAUGACCUGAAUCCGACGAAUAUCAUGGUCAAUGCGAAUGGGAUGCCGGUAUUGAUUGAUUUUGGAUCUGCAAUGCCGGUUGGGGAGAAGUUGGGGACUAGUCGGGGGAAUGAGAAGUGGAUUGAAGGGAGUAUGGCGGAUUAUGAUACUUCGGAGACGAGUCAUGAUGCUUUUGCACUGGAAAAGAUCAGGGAGUGGUUGGAGGAGAUGACUUUGAACAGAUAG